AAUUUGCACAUCCACCUACCCCUUUGGAGAUAAAAGGCGUGAUGUUAUGUAUGUAUGGUAAAAUAUCUUGAAGAGAAGGUUAAUCCACAUAAAUCAAAAUUUUGAGGUAAUCGAAGUUUAUAUUUAGAUUCUUUAAAACGAGUUCCAAACCCUUUUAAACCUUGUUCAUAGACCUCAAUAAAUUAUAAACUAUAAACUUGAAUAUAAUUUGCAAUUGUUUUCGUAAGAGACAAAAAUUAUGAAUAUAAUUAAAAGUAUUGAUGGGAUUUGCCAUUAUAUUAUAUUGUUGCCAUUUACUUAACAUUUUGUAAAAUGUAAUGACGUAAAAUAUAAUAUUCAUGACGUAUAGUGGCUACUGACGCGCCUUCGAAGUCCCCUUAAAAGCAGUAAGCGCUGCGGCGAUAACGCAUUCAUUCUCAGUCAGAACUUGUGAGCGCUGCGGAUAGACAGCAAUAUGGCGGUUAAAUUAUUCACUUUAUUUUCCUUGUGUGUGUUUCUUCACAUCGUGUUCUCAUUUCCUAUUGGAGAUGAGGCUAAGAGUCUUGUCGGUGCAGACGAGACCUCAGUCCUCAGUCAAUCAGUCUCGACGCCUAGUGAAAAUGGUCAUGUGAAAUUAAAUGUUGGUGAUGGGUCAACAUUAGUUGUUGUGAAAAGAAUGAAAAGAGAUAUUAUGAACAACGGCGAAUGCUCUGCUGGACAGAGGUGGCUCAUGAACCAGUGUGUCUCCGAAGAAGAGUAUCUAGAGAUGAUGGGAGAAGACAAGAGAUGAUAAGAAUUACACCUUCUUUUAAUUUCUUUCUACUUAUUCGACUGGACAAUAUGAGAAAUGUGACUUAAAAAGUUUUAUUACCUCGAAUAGUUAAUUAUUUACCUUUGUGACUAAAAAUUAUUAUUUAUGGUGAUUAAUAUUUAGCUAAUAAUUAAACGUAGGUAAGUUUAAACAUCUAGUCAUUUUCAUCCUCAUAUUUUAAAUUAUUUUCUUUUUAUUCUGUGUACCUAAUUAUUUAUUCUUGUAGUUCUAAUAUUUUUAUCAUCUCACCUAAUAACGUUCAUUAUCGUUAUUUAUUAUUUAACAUUAGUUAUACAUUUUCUGAAAUGUUUGUUCCGUUUCUAUCAUUCCAUUUCUAUUUUUUAUUUUAAGAAAAAAAAAAGAUAAUGAAAUGUAACUUGGACACAAGUUGAAAAUGUGGGCAUUUAUUUAUUAGGUUAUUAAUUGACAAUAAUAAAUGUUAACGUAAAUUAUUGUUAAUAUUAAUAUUAAUUUAAGAUACCAUUACUGUGAUAAAGCUUUAUUUUACAUAGCAAUUUAAUGUAGUUUUACGAAAUCCCUGUAUUAAUACUGUAUUAUAUUGAAGUACUGUAUCAGUCCAUCCAAAUAGGUUCAGUAAGUGUUUUAACAUUGUCCCAGUAUUGUCCUGUGUAAUUUUUAUUCUCUGUUUAAGUACAACUAUUGUAAGUACUCCAUAAUAUUUUAGGAUAUAUUUAUUGAAAAAUCUUGCUCAAUUUUACAUAAUCUUAACUUGUUAUUUCUAAGUUCUUCGUAAUGUAAAAGAUGUAUGAUGAAAUGGUGUUAUUAUGUGUAUUAUUGUGUACUUAUGAGUGUUGAUUGUUACUUAACAUUUUAUUUUUGGCUCUCUUUUUAUUAUUUAUGUUAUUAUUUUUUGUUUUGAUAACACUUUUUG